AUGAAGAAUCAGUUUGCCGAGGUGAAACUGAUCACUUGUAAACCAAAAAUAGUGUUUUGCCAAAGCGACAAAGCAACUGACGUCCAAUUGGCAUUAAACAAACUGGACUUGAGAACCCACAUCGUAACAUUUGACAAAGGCGAUUACCUUUUUAACUACGCAGAUUUUCUAGACAAAUACGGUGACACGUCCGCGGCUUACGACUUCAAGCCAUCUGACUUUGAUCCAGAAAGUACUAUAGCUUUUCUUAUUGCUACCAGUGGGACAACAGGCUUACCAAAAGCAGCUGCAGUUACUCACAAGAAUAUUGCAAUCACAAACCCAUAUCUGUGG